GGCAACACUAGUGCGGCGUUAGCUUUUACCGGGGUGCUUGCAGCAGCUACUAGCGAGCGCAUGUUGAAAACAUUAAAGACACAAAAUUCGAUUUCAGGUUCUGACAACUAGACGCACACGAGAUCAUUUAAAGGAACAGUUUUGACAUUUCAAAAUUCCAUGGCAGGAACAAUUAAUCAGGCCAGAAUGAAGUUUUCAAAAAUAGUAAACAGUAGCUCGUAUACCCAGUUCAAUCGAUCUCAGAAUCCUGAUGGAGAGAGCAGCCGCGUGGAGGUCAAGAUUUCUGCAGAUGGUGAGGAGGAAAUGGAUGGAACAGAACUAGGACCCAUGCAAAAUGACACGUACACAAGAACCAGUCAUUCUAGGCCAUGGAACAGGUGGAGGAUUCUGGUUUGGGUUGGUGGAGUGCUGGUCAUCUUUAUUGUAGGUUUACUCGUCGGAUUCUCUGCACACCAUGAGUCUGAGUCAGCUCCCUGCCCUUCGAGAGUUCCACCUAUUCAAGAAGUUCUGCCAAAUUAUCCACCUUCUUUGGAUUGGAGUGACCUUGUUAAACUUCUGAAUGAUAAACUGUCCUCUAAAGACAUUGAAGAUAGAUUAAGCGAGUUAUCCCAGAGUGACCGUAGAGCAGGAUCAUUUGCAGAUAACAAGUUAGCUGAUAAGAUCCAUAAUUUUUUCACGGAACAGAAAAUGGACCCCUGGGUUGAUGAACACUUUGUGAAGCUACAGUAUCCUGACAAGUCCAAACCCAACAAAGUGGAAUUUGGGUCAGUGAGUAUCCGUCCAAAUGGGUUCUUGGCUUACAGUGAAACAGGACGUAAAGAGGGCAGACUGGUGUACGCCAACUAUGGUCAGCUUUCUGACUUUGAGACUGUGCAGAAUGAAACAUACAGACUGAGUCUAAAUGGAUCUGUUGUACUGAUGAGAGCUGGAAACAUCAGCAUGGCACAGAAGGUUAUGAAUGCAGCUAAAAUGGGUGCCAUAGCAGCUCUGAUCUACCCAGACCCAGCUGACUAUGAAAUAAUGUCUGAGGAUACUGAUCUCUAUGGUCAUGUCCACCUUGGAUCAGGUGAUCCUUACACCCCAGGAUUCCCAUCUUUUAAUCACACACAGUUUCCUCCUGCCAAGUCCUCUGGUCUUCCUGGAAUACUCGCCCAAACCAUCACUGCUAACAAAGCACGUGAAAUCUUUAAAAAUAUGGGAGGAGAUGAUGCCCCAAUUAGUUUUAAGGGUCAGCUCCCCACAUACAAGUUGGGAAGCGAGAAUGACCGCAUAACCGUAGAAGUCAAUAAUAAUCUUGCCCACACUAAGAUCCAUAAUGUGUUUGGAGUCAUCAAAGGAUACGUGGACCCUGAUCGUUAUGUUGUGAUUGGAGCGCAAAGGGACUCCUUGAGCUUGGGAUAUGCCAAGUCUACAGUUGGCACUACUCUUCUGCUGGAGCUUGCGAAGGUUUUCACUGAGUUGAAGAAAGAGGGUUUCAGACCCAAAAGAAGCAUUGUGUUUGCCAGCUGGACUGCAGGGGAUUUUGGUAACGUCGGAGUUACUGAAUGGCUUGAGGGAUACUGGGCAUCACUGGACAGAAAAGCCUUUACUUACAUCAGUUUAGAUGGUGUUGUUACUGGUGCAGGUCACUUUAGAGCUUCUGCUAGUCCUUUGUUGCACACCCUUCUGAAGAAGACCGUGCUAAAGGUCAAUAGUUCAAGUUCAGGCCUUCUACAGGAAUUUGAUCUGAAAACCAUGCAGAUGGAUGAUGGCGCAUAUCCUUUUCUGGCCAUGUCUGGAAUCCCAUCCGUGUCUUUUAGUUUUGUCUCUCCUCCAGCCUCUGCUAAAGAGUUUUUUGGAACAAAUCUGGAUGAUAAAACUCACUUAGACAGCAUCACCAAUAAGAAAGUGGUUGAGUUGUCAGUGCUUGCUGCUCAGGUUGCUGGGCAAAUGGCCCUCCGGCUCGUCCAUGACCACAUCCUCAAACUAGAUGUUAGCAAGUAUUCUGAUGUCAUCACAGACCAUGUGAGCGCCAUCAUCCAGCGCGUUGAUGUCCUCAAAAAGAACAACGUUAGUAAAACUGAGUCUUUGUCAACGAAGUGGCUGAAUGCUGCAAAAAGCUCCUACAGUCAAGCCGCAUCCUCCCUUAAUACUGACAUACGGAAUACCGACCUGAAUGAUAUGGAGAUGUGUCGCAUCAUCAAUAACCGCAUAAUGAAGGUGGAGAAAAAUUUUCUCUCUCCUUACGUUUCUUUGAGAGAUGUCCCGUUCCGCCACAUUUUCUUUGGUAAUGGGUGGCAAACCACCACAGACCUGGAAAAGUACUUUGGUGAUGUAUAUGAAAUGAAGACAAGCUUCGACAUAGACCAGGUCUUAAACAAGUUCGCUCUACUCACCUGGACCAUCCAGGGCUGUGCCAAUGACCUGGCUGGAGAUAUCUGGUCUUUGGACAACGAGAUCUAGUGUUUAUCACUGUUGCAUCAACCAAAUUGUCAUUGAUUUUGCUUGAAAAUGUUUCUAGAUACACAAGUAUAAUUGUGUCACUAUGAAGUAUAUCUGAAUUAUACGAUCUUUAAUUAUAUUACGAACUACGGUAACUAGCUCUGGAAAUUAUUUUAAGGUGCAUGUGACGUUAAAUUUGUCCUUUCUAAUCCAUGACACCAUUAUCAAUUUGCACAUGUACGUACUGAGUAAAUCUUGUCCUCGGUCACUACUUGGGAGUUUUAGUUCCUUUCACACCUUGUGUAAAACCCCAACUCAGCCUCUGUGACCAAACGAGGACCAUAAUAUAUUUAUUUCUUAUUUAUUUAUCAGUGACAGUGUUCACUAUAAAAGACACUUUUUUUUAUUAUUUUUGUAUUAUCGGAAGCAGUGACUUCCAUAAUUGUGACUGUUAUACUGUCAGUUCUUAAAAGCAGCAUCUGCUAAAGGAAAUACAUGUUACCAACAGCUGGCAUUAGAAAUGUCUCUUGUUACAGGUGCUCGAGGAAGUACGGUAAGCUCUAAAGCACCUGUUGUAAUAUUACGAAGCAGUUCCUCUGUAUUUUUGAAGCAAAGCCCUAAAUUGGCAAAAUGUGAAAUUUUGAAUAAUGUUUUUUUUUACAGAUAUCCUUGUAUUAAAGUAUCUUUUUUGUUCUUCUUGAUCUGAUACAAUGUAAAAAAUUGGCAAGGCUAGUUUCCCUUUUGAUCAAAUACAUGUACUCAAGCAUAUUUGUGACAACAGCAUUUCUAUGUAACAUUUAUAUUUCUAUUCUAAAUCCAUUAUCGGGAGCAGUGUCUUCCAUAAUGUGGAGUGUUAGUAGGUAGUUUUUGCCUACCGAUGUGUAUAUAUCGAGGACAGUGAUCCUCAUAUUUCACUGUAGGGUGGAUCAAAUUAUCGGGUACAGUGUUUCCCAUAGUUUAUGUAAAUAUUUAUUUUUCAUUAUCCUGUUUUUGUGUGGCUUAUUUCCUCCUUUGUUACUAUUAAAAACUGUAAUCUGUGUAACUGUUGAGGAUGAUUGUUACAUCUAGUCAUGACAUCUAGUCGUGUUUUGUUUUUCAUUGUCAGUUUCUUUCAAUGUUUCAAUGAGUUCUUGUUUCAGAUUUCACUUUUCUGGCCUGUUUGUGCUUUUAAUUUUUUUUUUCUAUAUUAUGUUUUACUUUUGGUUGCUUAUUUCUGUAUCUGUUCUUUUUUUCUUUAAGGCAGGCGUUAAAAAAGAGGAUGUGGUCAUAUUCCAUAAUUAUUAGGAUAUGGUGUGAAUUUAGCUUACUGCUUAUUAUAUAUAAUGGUUUCAUGUUUGUACACAUUUCAGACAAAGUUUUUGGUGGGGGGAUUUUUCAAGUGUAUUGCAUGCUAGGCUGCAAAAGACAACAUACAAGUCUUUUUUUUUUUCUCUCAUUGUGGCACUUACCAGAAAGUUACGGAAUGUGUUUGGUCUUUCAUAGCAUGUAGAAUUGUGCAUGAAAUAAAUGUAAACGUCACAGAUUGUUAAAACAAGGCAAAUUAUCUGUUUCAAGCAGAAUGUAAUGGCUAAAUAAAUUACUAUAUGAUUCUCAACUUAAGAAUGAGUGCUUCUAGAAAAGCAGUGUUUGAUUUACUAAAUUCAUAUGAAUCAAAAUAAAUAGCACAGACAUUCAAAUAUGUCUAGAUGUUUUGUGGUUAAAACCUUUGAUUGCUAUUGAUUGUUAAACCUGUUGUUUUUAUCCAAUAUCUGUUGACCUUUGUUCUGUAAUAAACUCUGGUGUAAAAAGAA